AUUCUUGUGAAGAGUCGGCGAGACGGAGUUGAGAGUUGAAAACAGAAGAGAAUAAUAUGGAUAGAAUUUCAUGCAUGCUUUAAUUUCCAAUCCUGAGUAAUAAGAAAAGUGGAAAUAAUUUAUUUUAAUUGUGUUAGAGUUCAGGAUCAAAUUGGAGUUAGCCGUCAUUUAUUAAUAUUUUUAAAAAUAAAAAUCCAAAUGACCGGCGACCUGGAACUGGGUAUAUUGAUAUUUAAUAUUUUAAUUUUUUAGCUUAUUGAAAAUGUUUCACUUGGAUUUCACUUGCACUUGUUUUAUUUAUUAAGUUCACUUAUAAAGGGUUUAGACAAAUGCGUAGGCUAGUUUAUGUCUAAGUCAAAUCUAACCUGUUUCAGUUUAUUUUUCUCUGUUUCUAAAAAAAAGACUACUUAUCUACUAAGGGGCCCGUCCAUAAAGUACGUAAAGCUCCAGAGGGGGGAGGGGGUGUAAGAAAGUGUGACAGUUUGUAACAGGGGGGAGUUUGUAAUUUUCAGGCAAUGUGUGACUCACACAUUUAUUUUUUUUAAAUUUAUUUCUAAUUUAUUUUUUUAGUAAAAUUUAAUAGCUUUAAAAAUAAUUUUCCAAAAUUUUGUGAAACAUUUGAAUUAGUUUUAUGUCAAAAUAACAUGAAAUGCGUAUCUCCUGAAUGUGUUGUUCACGAUUCCUCUCGCUAGGAGCACUAGUAUGCUGUUGUGAAGCCUUGUUUUAUGUAUAGCCUUGCCGAGAUCAACAGGAGUUUUCAAAGUACAACUAUAUGAUCUUUAUUGUCCAUCUUUGCAGACCAGCUUACUUGAUCGAAUUUGCAAAGUAUGCCACUUAUAAUUUGCCUUCAACAAUGUCGAAGAAACAUGCAGGACAACACAGAGCUCGGGCUCGGGAGAAUGUGUCAACCCAAACUGUUCCAGAAUCAACUCAGAUAAAACGCAUUAGUCCUUUGAGAAUCGCUGCUAGAAGGCAAAGGGAACUCAUGGCAGUUAUUGCCAGAAGAGAAAAUGCACAUUCAGAGGGUGUUGAGUGGCUAGAUGAGGAUGAAGUUGAUCUGUCUGCAAUUAUCCUUCCAGGAAACGAUGAUGGUGAAAGAUUGAUACCAGCAGAGGCGUAGCGAGGGUAUUUGGCGCCCGGGGACAAGAUUCGCGCCCGGGGAUAAGAUCCAUUUUAAAGCGCCCUUUUUUCUUUUUUUUCAACUCUCAAGCCCUUUAUUUUCAUCAAUAAAAUAAUAUCAAAACACAUUUUGGCGCCCCUAACUAGCUGGCGCCCGGGGACAUCUGUCCCCCACUGCCCACCCCUCGCUACGCCUCUGGAUACCAGUUGUAACUAUGGAUUACACUUCACUUCACCAUGGAUGGAUGAUGUCCAGUGAAUAUUUUUUAAUUAAACAUAAUUCACAGGACCAUAAUAAACAGAUUCAAUAUAGCACAAGAGUUUGUCACAUAAUUUGUCAAGCUAGUCUUUUUUUUAGUCAAAUUGUUUUGUUUCCUUUUUAUUAUUUAAUCACUGGGUGAGGUCAAGUUUCGCUAAUUUACUUCUUAUCCUGUGUAAAAAGAUUGCAUAAUCAGAAAUUAUCUAAAAUCUGACCUCACCUUUUGUAAAUGAAAAAGCAGCAGAUAAAUGAUGUGUGUUAUAUAAUUGUCUUGUCUAAUUUUUUCAUUUUUUGUUUUCAAAUUCAAUCUAGAUUGAGUUACUGCUUCAAUGAAUAACUGUGACAACUGUUGACAAUUAACUAUCCUACUAUUAAAGUAAUUUUAAUAAUGUGAUAGACUAAUCUGAUAGUUCUUUUAGGUGGAAAAUUUUUAUUUUAAUACAGUUUAAUAGUGAAGUGUGUUUUAGAUUAAAUUUUAAUUAGGUGUUAAUUUUUUUUAAAAAUUGUUUGAAAGUGUGACAUACUUUAGGGGGGAGGGGGGGGGUUUCCAAGAUUUGUGACAGGGGGGAUGGGGGGGUAGAAAUGGUAAAAAAUAGCCUGAUGUACUUUAUGGACGACCCCUAAGUAGUCUACUUAUAUAAGUCUGCUUAGACAUACUUUAGGGGGGAGGGGGGGGGUUUCCAAGAUUUGUGACAGGGGGGAGGGGGGGGUAAAAAUGGUAAAAAAUAGCCUGAUGUACUUUAUGGACGACCCCUAAGUAGUCUACUUAUAUAAGUCUGCUUAGACUAUUUUAUUGACUGAUAUAUACAGUAUAAUAUUUAAUAAUAUGUUAACAAUUAUUUCAAUACUUUAUUAUUGAUUAUAGACUUAUUUAUGACAUAUUUAUAGUCAGUAGGUUAUAAACAGUGGGCUUAUAGUAUAGUAUAAUGAGUGGAUAUAAGAAGCUCAACAAUUAACAUUUGAUUAAUUUUCAAUGUCAAUAAUUUGCUUCAAUCAAGACUACUGCCAUUGCCAAAUAUUGUAUCAUCAAAGACAAAAAUACUCACAUCAUAAAAUUAAAACUAGCUCUUUGCCGAUGCAAGCACAUAGCUUAUUUAAUGUUAUAUUAGGAUAUCAAUAAGUAAGAAGAUAAGCAUUUAUAUUAAAAAAUUUAAACAUUUUGUCACUGUUAAAAUUAUUUUUAUUUUGUAUUAUGGACACAAAAUUUAAUUAAAAAACUGUCAUUGAACACCUGCUUAAUAUUAAAUGGCCGCCUUAAUAGAAGGCUUUUUUAAAAAACUGUUGGUUAGUCAAUCUGGAUCUGAUGUUGAUAAUAUGGGUUGUUGAAGCUUUGAUACUGCAUUACAUUUUUAUUUUCUACCAGUGUUGAUUGGAUUGAUGGAUUGUUGAUUUUUUUCUUCAUUUAAUUAAUCACAAAUGUUCUGUUUGUAUCAACAGAUUAAAUUAUAACUUCAUUGAAUGAAAUGUCUCAGAAACAGUAAUCAACUGAAACUUUGAUUUCACCGAAAAAGUUUUGCAAAUUUGAAUUCAAUCAUCAAAGGUGUAUUUCCAUAAUGGGAUGUUCUUCAUCUGUCAUCACCCCAACAGAGGGACAUACCAAGGCAAAUGACAUAAAAACUAUUUCUCCAAUUCGUGACAAGCAAAAUGGCCACGCUAAAGUGACACAAAAUAAUGCUGACAUUUUUACCAAGAAAAAGAUUCCAGAUAUCGACAAAAAUUCGAAUAAAAUAACUGCAUUAGAUCAGAAGCCAGGUAGAUUUUGUUUAAACAUAUUUUAAUUUGUAAUUUUUCUUCCCCUUAUUAAAUAAGUGUACAAAUUUCAUUUUGGCUUGAGUAUUAAAAUUAAUUUUAUCCAUUGCCAGUUUUGGUUAAAUUAAGAUACAUAGAAUGUAUGUGCAAGCAAUUACUUAAUCCCUUUCUAUAUAUCUUGAUAAAGGAAAAAAUGAAAUGUAUCUAUUUCCCCCAUAGCAAGGCAUAUGAGAUCUUGAAUUGCCAAAGUCUGAAAAUUAUUCUUUUCACUGCUUCAGUUCCUAAAAGUGUUGCUUUUGAGAUUACAUUAGAUGGUCAAAGUGUGGAUGGUUUAUUCAGAAAGCUACCCCCAAAAAGACUUCAGGUAGGUCUUAAAAGACGUUGAAUUAAUAGUUGAUAUUUCAAAAAUUUGACCUUCAUUGUAAUGUUCAAUUUUUGUUGCAUUUGCAAAGUGGUUAAGAGAUAAUUUAUAAAACAUAAAUGAAUAGCACUUAAUAAAUAACGAAAGAUUAUUUACUCUUAAUUAAACAACAAAAUUCAUAGGUGAGAUAAAAUUGUGCAGUAGUUCUCCAUCUGCUGUAAAGUGGUGCUGUAUCUGCUUUGUACUUCCUGUCUGUUUUUUCAUCUUAAUUUGAACAUUUUUGUUUCCACAGAAGCCACACAUUAAUUGCAAACUAUAAUUGCGGGUACCACAGGACCUUUGUUUAUCAAAGAAUAAUCAUUUCACUUGUUACAAUUCAGUGAAAGGCCAAUAUGUAUCAUAAAUCAAUCAUUUCACUAGUGGCAAUCAAGGAAUAGGCCAAUUAUGUCUUGAUAAAAUAGAGAAUCUGUUACACUCUUCAAAACUAUCUAUUUGGUGGUGGUUACUCUUAGUUUGUAACAUUGUCUGCACAAAGCGAUUCCCUGAAAAUUGCUGUCAUCAUGAUCAGAUUAAAAGCACUGAAGUUCCACGGUUGAUAUAAAAUUAUUUGCGGAAAUUUAAAGGAAGUAAAAAUCACUACUAGUUUUUAAAAAAAGGAUUAAAUAUUAUUAUAUCAUUUGGUUUGUCAUCAGGGAUGUGGGGCAUAUGCAACUUUGCCAGACAAUUUUGAACUAGAGCCAUAUUUUUAGAGUACAUUCCAUAGAAAGUUCAUUUUCUAAAUACAAUAUGUUAUUUUACUCGGAACUAAUUUCAUUGAAUAAUUAAUAUUAACUAUCUAACUGCUCAUAUAAAACUGCUAUAUUGAUCUUACAGACACUAGAGCCAUUGAACUUGCCAAAGUUAACAGCAGAGCAACUCUCAGAAAAACAGAGGCUUGCAGAUGAAAAAAGAGAAAGGGUAAAUAUUUCAAAUGAGAUUAAGACUUUUCUAUCAGAUUAUCUGUGUUAAUAUUAACAACCUGUUGAACUGAUGAAGUAAAAUCAUGAACACCUAGUUAAGUUUAGUUUUAAAAAUGUAUUAUUAUGAAUGUAUUUCAUGAAACAUUUUUGAAGUAUUUAAACUAUGUGACAAAGAAACAUGUCUUAAAAGAUCUAUUUAGAUUUGAGAAAAGUAUAUUUUUGGAUUGCUUUAAAAAUAGAAAUUCUAAAAAAAAUAUUCAAUUUAAAUUUAAUGAUUUCUUUAAAUUGUGUUGACUACAUUUCUUUCACUCCUCGUAUAGUCACACUUUGACUUAAAAUCAUUACUCCGCCUUAUAGCAAGACCUUUUAAUCAUUAUGCAUAUCAUACUCCAUGGGGGGGGGGGGUGUCCUAAGAAGUUGUGACAGUUUGUGACGGGGGUUUAAGAUCAUUUAUAAAAUCAUUGCUCCUGCUUAUAGCAAGACCUUUUAAUCAUUAUGCCUAUUAUUCUCCAUUGGGGGGGGGGUGUCCUAAGAAGUUGUGACAGUUUGUGACGGGGGUUUAAGAUCAUUUCUGAUGUCACAUGCUUUUUAUAGUUUGUAUUUUUCAUCAUACAUAUAAAACCUGAAAUUGACAGUGAUGUUUAACUUGCUGUUCUUCUGGAUGUAUUCUGACAAUUUGUCUGUUUAAUAAAUUUAAUCGUUAAAUUGUUAAGUGUGUUUUAAAUUAAAUUUAAAUUAGUUUUUAAUUUUUUUUAACAAAAUUUAGUUCAAAAGUGUGAUGUAAUUUAAGGGAGGGGGGGUUCUGAGAUUUAUGACAGAUUGUUACUGGGGGUGGGGGGUAAAAUUGUCCAAAAAUAUUGUGACAUACUUUAUGGACAGUUGCUUACUACUCUUAAUCAUGGUAAAAUGGGGUGCCCUGUUUAUAUGAUAAUAUAUGGGGAACUACAUUCAAGGCAUGUAUAUUAAAUAAAUGGUGGAGCAAGAUGUGUUCAGGCUUGAAAAAAAGACAGGAAAAUUGACGUUUUUGGCUAAAUGCUGACAAUACAAAACAAGAAAAUAAAAUUAUUUGAAAUUAAAAGACUGCUGAAGAAGACAUCCUUUUAAUAGUUCUGUCUUUUUUCUCAAGCAAAAUCAUAUCUUGCUUCGCUAUUUAUCUAUUUUUAUCUGAUGGUCACAACAAAUGUUACUAAGCCCCAACAUAAUUUAAGAUUGGAAAAUACCAGACAAACCUUUAGAGAAUUAAAUUAAUACUUGCUUAUUUAAUAUUUUUAGCUAUAAAUUAGUGUGUUAAGACAGCAAAACAUCAUUUGUAACAUUUAAAGAAUUUUUAUAAAAGAUCUAUUCCAGAUCUGAUUGAUUGUUCUUUUUACUUUAAAUUGGCAAAACAGAGCACACAUAUUAUUUCUAUUGUAAGAGUGAACAUUCUUCAAGAACAUUUUUAAAAGGCCCUAUUCAAUGUGUUUGUAUAAUCAUAAAAUCUUGCUCUACAAAAAAAUGGGAGACUAAUUGUGACAAAAGAAAACCUCUGAGUCUCAUGUUAAUACUAAUUUCAGACCAGAGUUACAUUAUUCUGCUUCAUUAAUAAAUUUAGUUUCUUCUAUAAUUUCCUAGAAUAUACAGUUACUUCUACAUUAUUUAAAUAUUUAUUUUACUUUUAGUUGAAAGAGAAAAAAAUUAACACAUCACAGAAGUCCUCAAAACGGAGACGUGAGUUACUAAAAGCAAAAGAGUUUAGCAUGAAACAGCAAAUGGAACAAGAAAAGGUAUUGUCACAUCCAAGAGCAUUAUGGAUGGGCUCACACAUUCUUAUGGUUUAAUUAAUAGUCAAUUUAGUGGUUUAAUUAAUAGUCAACUUAUGUCAUACAAGCCUACCGGUAACAUUUCAUAACUUUACAUUCAAUUAUUACAGUCUGUCAUUGAUGACCAACUAAAACAGGCGGAACUGAAGAGAGAAAUGAAACUGCUAGAAAUUAAAGAAAAGCAGAGGCUGCGAGAAGAGAGAGCCAAAAGAGCAAGAGAGAGAGUAAGUAAAUAUUUGUCCCCACUUGUGCACCUUGAGGUUUCACGGAAUAAUUUGAUAUGAAGUGGUAUUGGAAAGUUCCAAACUCAAGAAUCGUCAAAAGAAAUUUCAGGCCAUGCUUAUUUAAAGUUUGGCUGCUAUUAAGUGCUAUCUCCUUCAACAUAAUCAGCAAUCCAGGCUAAGGUCUGAUGAAGCAUUUUGAGAGGGUCUCUGAUAUUAAAAAUCUCAGUGCUUUAGUUUAAGACAAAAGUUAAUGCAAGUACAUUUUCUGAUUGUCAGCCAUAAUAAAAUGGGCAGUCCUAACACAUGGUUAAAAAAACACUUGUAACUAGUAAUUGCAUGUAGCAAGAUUGAAAUAACUUAUAAAGGGUUGUUAAGGGGUUGAACAAUUUUUUAAGAAAUGUAUUUUCACUUAGCCUUUUAUUAACCAAGCAAUAGAAAUGCAUUUAUCAGCAACAUAAGGAAUAAUAAUGGGGCAACAUAUCUGUAGAAGAAUGGGGCAAUAUAACUAAUAGAAAAGUAGGGCAACAUAGCUAGUAGAAAAGUUGAGCAACAUAGCUGUAGAAGAGUGGAGCAACAUAGUUGGUUGAAGAGUGGGAACAACAUAGAAGGUUAGAAGAGUGGUGCAACAUAGCUGGUAAAAGAGUGGGGACAAAAAUAGCUGGUAGAAGAGUGGGAAAAACAUAGUUAUAGAAGAGUGGGGCAACAUAGUUGGUAGAAAAGUGAAGCAACAUACCUUGUAGAAGAGUUGGGAAACAUAGAUGGUAGAAUAGCCAGGAAAGAUAUCUGGUAGAAGAGUGGUACAACAUAGCUGUUGAAGAGUGGGGCAAAAUAGCUGGUAGAAGAGUGGGGAAACAUAGUUGUAGAAGAGUAAUGCAGCAUAUGCAGCUGCUAUGAUAAGGCCACCAGUGCAGUCUUCUUCAAUAAUAACACCGGAGAAUGGGUCAAGACCGCGUUUGAAGUACGACAAGGCUGCUUGCUCUCCCCCACCCUGUUCAACAUCUUCUUGGAGAGAAUUAUGUCAGAUGCACUGGAAGGGCAUGUAGGGACAGUCAACAUUGGUGGCAGAACAAUCAGCAACCUACGUUUUGUGGAUGACAUUGAUGGACUGGCUGGAAACAAAGAAGAGCUAGCCAACCUACUAAAGCAUCUCGACAAAAAUUUAUUGUCCUUUGGCAUGCAAAUCAGUGCAGAAAAGACAAAAUUGAUGACGAAUAGCUCCACCGGCAUCUCCACUGAAAUUAAGGUGGGGAGGAAAGAUCAGAGACAGUAGGUAGUUUCAAAUACCUAAAAGCAAUAGUCUCGGAAGAAGGGCCCAAGCCUGAAUUGAUGUCCAGGAUUGCCCAGACCACAACAGCUCUAAAGAGGCUUAAGAAAAGAUGGAAUUACAAAAAUGUAGCCACCAGCACCAAAAUCAGGCUGAUGCGCUAAUUAGUCCUCUCCAUUUUCUUUUAUGCCUGUGAGUCCUGGACAUUAACAUCAGAGCUUCAAAAAAAAAUAAAGGCGAUGGAGAUAAGAAGUUUCAGAAGCAUUCUUGUAAUCUACUGUAGAGAUCAUAUCUCUAACAUACAAGUGAAAGAAAGGAUUUGUCAUGCAACUGGGCAGUAUGAUGACCUCCUGGUGACUAAAAAAAGUGCAAACUGGAAUGGUCUGGCCACGUGAUAAGAAAACAAGGGCUUGCCAAAGAAAUCAUGCUGGGCACAAUGAGAGGAGGGAGAAGAAGAGGAAGACAGAGAAAAAGAUGAGAAGAUAACAUCAAAGAGUGGACGGGACUAAAACUAGGCGAUGCUGUGCGAAGUGCAGAAAAUUGGGAGAAAUGGAGAAGGAUAGUUUUCAUGUCAUCUGUGGCACCCCAACGGUGAGUGGGGUGACAUAGCUGGUAGAAGAGUGGGGACAACAGAGCUGUAGAAGAGCGGGAGAAGCAUAACUGUUAGAAAAGGGGGACUCUAAUUUUAAUAAAUUAUUUUUUUUAAAAAUUAAUUAUGUAACUGCAUAGCCACCAGAUGAUGGAGCAUGUGUUUUUGUUUUUUGACACGCUUUUAACCCUGCUCGCAGUGCCAAAAACUGUAGCCGAGGGGUGAUCUGAUAUAGCUGACACUUUAAAAUAUAUGUAUAUAUGUUUGGUAGAUAUAAACUCAAGAAAAUUUAGGCCUUGAGGGCUAUAGCCUUCAUUUAGUUCUAUUAUUGUUGCAUAAAGGGAGUGGUAAAUCAUAAGUAAAAUUGUUAGAAAAACAUUUAUAAAAAGUCAAAAUCCCGUACUAAACCCCUGAAGACUAAUCUGUGUCUGUUAACAUUUUGUCUUGGCUAUCUAAGAUACACUUAUAUUUGUAUAUGAUUAUAUGUUAAAUGAUCUUUGAGAUAUUUUAAAUGGAAGGCAUUGGGACCCCCCAUGGAUGAAUGUGAAAACUCCCUUAAUUACUUAAUUUUAUAAUAUCCUCAAAAGAUGUAGGCUUGCAAAUAUACCUAGGUUUAGAGAAUAAAAUCCCCUUUCCGACAAUAUAUUAUUUAUAGCAGCAUAAUACAGUACCCUAGGGUUCCCAAGAAAUAAAUUAUUGAACUAUUAUCAAAAAAGCACAAAAAGGAUUUCCUAUAUUUAAGUAUUCUAAGCGGUGUGGGAGAAGCCAUUCAUGCCACAUGUUGUAAUAGCCUAACGCAGAGGUCAAAUUCCAUGACAGUGUUGGGUGGUGAACUCCGUUUCAUAAAAACGGGGCCUACAAUGCCACAAAAAAAUUUAAAUGUUGGAGUUUGGAGCAGUAAGAAAUUUAAUCCGCUCUGUUGCUUCCAACUCCAAACUCCACUCCAAAUCCCUUCCUUUGAAUGUCUUUUUUAUCAAUUUUUUAAAAUGACAAUUUCUGACAUUGCUAUCUUCAUUUGUAGAAUUUCUGCUGAAAAUAAAUCUGGUACUUUUACCUUAUCAAAAGUAGGUUGAAUGUCAGGUAGCUGAACUGGAGCCAGCAUGUUCAGUAUCAGUAUUUCCUAAAAUAUUAAGCCCACUUUUUUUACAGGUCAUCUAUGUUAGUUCUUAUUUUCCCAUUUAUUUCUUAAACUGAACUGUUUUGUUGUACAGAUCACAGGUUCCCAACCUGAGUUACGCCCCAUUUUAUAGAAGCACAGUUGACCACAGCUCAGAUACAUUUAAAAAUGUAUUUUUAAUACUAAUUAAUUAGAAACACAUAAAAAAAUACAUUUUUAAGUACCAGUAUAGUAUAAAUUAUUUUCACACUGAACUGAUUGGUAUGUUUCCAAUGGGGAGAGAGUUUAAUUGAAUCAUAUAUUCAUAUAUAAAUAAUAUGCCUCAAAUAUUUAGAGAGAGAGAGAGAGAAAAUGUGUAAGGGGGCCUAUAUUUUCACUGCUUAUAGGUGUCAGUCAGAUACUUAAUUGUCAGCCUUAUAGAGGUGUGCACACAAUGCUUUUAAAAUCUUUUUUUUUACAGUUAGAGGAUAUUACCAUUACUGUUCUAAAUAACUGAAAAAAAUUAAAUUAAGAUACAUUGUUUAGUCAAUAAACGUUUUAAGGUAAACACAAUUAAAAUUACUGAAGAUUUUGUUUUUCCACAGGCUAAAAACAUUCAGAACAAUACAAAUACUGAAGAAGUAGAGAUGGAAAAGGAUGAAGAUUUUAAUGCAGGAGAAAGUGAUGGUAAGUUAACUGAUCAAGCUGCUAAAAUUAACUUUCCUGAUUUCUAUUAACUUUGGUUGUGAACUCCACGGUUGUGGCAUUAUGCAAGGAAUAUCACAACUGCUGUAGGAUGGAGGUCAUGGUUUUAAAACAGAUUCCAAUCUCUCUGGUUUCCAGGGAUGGGGGUAUCACUAUAAGAAGUGUCAUCUUAAUUAAAACUAAAAAUAAAAGUUAGCCAAUUAUCUGCAGUUGAGGCUCAUGAUAUAGAAAAUGAGGCUAUCCCUGGAAGUCUGUUUUUCUGGCACAUCAAAUCUGAUUGAGCAUUAUUUUGUCAAGAGACAAUUUUUUUUUUUAUUAUUGUCAGUAUUAAUUGAUAAGUUGACUGCCAGAACUGGCUAUAUAACGUUUUAAACAAUUUUCAUUUGCCUUAAUUUUAAGACAGGAUCCAUAUUCUAUGACUUUAUGAGUGUUAUAGACAAAAAUCAGGAAAUCUGCCCGCCACAACCUAUAAUAAUAAAAAAAUUAAUAUGACUGUUUUGUAUUUUUCUCAAAUCUUUGUCAGGGUUUAUUUGUUUCACCCAAUUUACUUGAAUGUGUGACAUUAAAAUGGUUAAUUUCUUAAUAUGAAUAAGUUUUCUUUUAUCUGUUAAGAUUAAGAUAGCCCAAAAAUGGUGUUUAGUUUAAUCCUGUUAUAUUUUUAUUGGUUUCUCUGCAUAUUUCAAUUUUUAAUGGAGUUAAAAGAAAAUUGUUUUGUGAUUAGUGUGGGAACAAGAAUACAGGAAGUAUGUUUGAAUAAUAUGAAUACAGAGAUAGGAAAAAGGACAGUGAUAAUAAACACAUCUUAGUGUGCAUAUUUUAGAAUUAAAAUAAAGCCUAAUAAUAUACUAAUACUGACAGUCAUCAUUUUUUUAAAACUGUACCAGUACCACUGACAAAAUUAGGGAUUUUUACAGGGUAAGUGAAAGAAAACACACUAUAUACAUACUACAUAUUUGUGGGUGUCAUUUAAUUAAACUUAAACAAAUGAUAUUUUAAUUAAUUAAUGUUUGUGUUAAUGAAGUGCUAUCCUCUGUCAACAUUUAAGGAUAAUCAUAAUUCACUCUUGCAGAGCUCCGUAGAAGUAGAAGCCUUACGUAUAUUAUAUAAUAUAUUAUGUGAUAGCACAUUUGAAUAUCUACUUGGUGACAAGAUUGGUGAAAUGUAGAUUUAUUGUCAUACUUUUUGAAAUUACAGAUUCUUGGCUAGGAAAUCCUGGUGAUAAUAAUGAAGAAAUGGAGGAAGAAGCUGGACUAAAGAAACAAGUCAGGCAGGUGCGCCCAACAGUCAGUGCCAGCACUGUUGACAGUUAUGAUGCAGCCUUUAUGCGUAAAAAUAAUCAGACAGAGAGACAGCUUAUUAAUCAGAAUGAUGACGACUUCUUUGGAUCCUGACUUAAUUGAUGACACUGCCAUUUGUCUCUCAUCACCAUAAGAAGUGUCAUCUUAAAUCUACCUGACAUUAACAGUACCGGUAUACUUGUGGGAAAGUGAUGGAGUUAUAUUAACUUAUAUAAACUCAAUCUCCUAUCAUUAUAAUAUAAGGUUAACGGGGUAAAAUCAUGUCAUUCAAAUGUAAAUAAUUUUUUCCAAUUGAAUUAUGUUGUUAUCACCUGCACAUUUUGAUGGUGUAAUGCUUUCAUGAAUUCAUAAGUUGCAAAUCUUUUUUGAAUGACUUGUUUAUGUGAAGAGGAUUUUGUCAAAAAUAGGUUUAUUGUUGUGUACUGCAGGGGUCUCAAACUCACGGCCCAUGGGCCAUUUGCUGCCCACUAGACGAUAUUUUGCGGCCCGCUACAUGACAGUUUUAGUGUUAAUGGGGCCAAUGCGUUUUCCCAUUCUCACAUCUUUAAGUAUUAUGUGACAACCACGAAAAGUUUCAGUCAAAGUUAACCGACUAGUCUAAUUCCGAUUUUUAUUAUAUUUGUAUAGAUUUGGACGUUGAUUAUAAUGGUAAAGACCAUUUUAAAAUCGGACUAAAAGGUUUUAUUUUAUAGCGUUAAAUGAGAAAAACAUGGCCGAAGUAUAGUUAUUAGAAUUAAAACAUCAAUUAGUGGGCAAUGCACAACCAUAAUGGUGUCAAUCAUAGCAAUCGGAUACAGUAUCAAAGAAUGCCCAUUAAAAUUGCCGCUAGUGUUUAGGAGUGAGGGAAAUGCUGAGCCUUUCAGCUUGGUCACUUUUAAAAUAGGUUAGUUAAAAAGGCCUUUUCUAAGAUAAAAAAUCAAAAUUCAUUCUCCCUAUAAUUUACAAUAGCAUCUUCCUUUGCAUCAAUAAAUAUUUCCUGCUCCUGCACAUUUUAGCAUUUAAAGCCUUCAUGGAGAAGUAUGGGUUGGUUGUUUCUUUACUGGCAUGGGUUCGUCACAAGUGACAAUGGUGAAGACUUCCAAAGACGAAAUCCACAAGGCCUGGGAUUAUAAGCUGGUUACCAACAGCAGAAUGCUUCUCUCCGCGCCACUAGAUAAUCCAAGGGAACAUCAAGUUUCUGUACUAAGUAAACCCAAAUAGCUCAUCGACUUGGCUUUUCUUGUUGACAUUACAGGGAGCUGAAUUUACUCAACAAGAAGUUACAAGACCAGGGGUAGCUUGUCAGUGUUGCCUAUGACAAUAUCAGGGCAUUCUGCACAAGUGGGUUCUAACCAUUUCCCAACAUGCAAAGUACUCAUGCACAUCAUUCACCGCAAAGACAAGCAAAGCAUGGACAAUUUUUAAGAGCAUUGGCCUCCACCUUCCCCGAUAUAUUCAUGUUGUUCAAGAGGAUCAUGUGCCUUCUUUGUCAGUACCUAUCUGUGUGAAAAGCUCUUUCCCCACUAUGAAAUUUAACAAGUCAAAGUUCAGGGCCAAUAAGCUAAGACCUAUCUAAUAUGCCUUAACAGCAAUAGGAGUAUUGUUCAUAAGUCACAGAGAACGCUCAGUGUGAUUUGAAAAACAUUUUAUUAUGCAAAUUUAGCCCAUAUACCUGUAUAAAAGAAAUCUAUAACCGCUGUUUUAUGUAAUUCCAUUUAUGAAGUGUGUUGUCUGCACUGGGUUCAUGUUCUUCUGUGUUGAAUUGUAGAAUGUGAAAAUGUUAUUUAAUUUGUAAAUGGGAACAUUAAGUGUAGUUGAUUGAGAAAUAAGCCUUGUCCAGCUUUAGAGUUGAUAGAACCCAUUGCAAGCCUUUUUAAAACAAUUUUUCCCUCCUUCUAAAGCUCAAUGACAUAAAUGAAACUUCAAACCCUAAAAGAAAAUAAUUUUACAUUAAAUAUAAGUUGUUGCUGUUCAAGACUUUAUCUUUGUAAUAAAUAUUUUGUUUCUUUCUUCUUUAAAAAGAGUUGAUGUUUUAAAAUGUAUUUCAUCUUUCUAUUUGGUCGUAAGCUUAUUUUUGUAUGAAGACUUUUAGGGGUAGAAUAAUUACAUU